GGGCUCACGGGUGCCAGCGUGAGGUCGCGGCUGUGUCGGUUAACGACGUUCUAGCGCAUAUGCCUCACAGUUCGGAGGUUGCGGGUUCAAAUCCGGCCUGACCCGUAUAGAGUUUGCAUGUUUCUCCCUGGGGGUGUUCCACUUUGCAGAAACAUGCAUUGAUCCAUUUUUCAAGCCACUUACGGGAGCGCUGAAGCCUGCCCCAACUAACUUCAGGACAACACCCGGAGCCGGAAUUGGACGCAGGCUGUCUGCACCAAAGUCUGGCCUGCGUACCGCGACGUGCACUGCAGGUCAAUUGAGAAAUCUAAAUUUCCUGCAGGUGUAAACGGUUGGUUGUGCACUACGAUUGUCUGGCGAUCGGUACGGGGUCUCCGUCGUCUCUUAGGCUUCGGUUAAGGUGACGCACUUUUUCCCUUGACAAAAAAAGUACAAGUUCGUGGAAUGUCGCCCUUCCCAACAUGGCCGGUGCGCUCGCGGGGCAGUUCAUGAAUGUCGCCCUUCCCAACGUGGCCGGUGCGCUCGCGCGGCAGUUCAUGAAUGUCGCCCUGCCCAACAUGGCCGGUGCGCUCGCGGGGCAGCUGGUUUGCUCGUCUUCCUCGGAUUUGAAGUCGUUGCCCAAAUGAGCAAAAAGCAGCGUUUCAACACAUAGAAAGUCGGAACCUCUUUGGCAACACCAACUAUGAAAGUAUUUGUGGACUUGGAAAACAGAAGUACCACGUGACCGGAAUUGGCGUCGGGUCGCGUUUCCGAGGGGAGGAGCUUCCGCGUUUCGCGUAUGUGUGUGUUUGGGUUUGGGUGGGGGGCAUAUGGAAAUGUUCAACUCUCAAGUAGACAACAUUUGACUCCAAUGUCGUCAACUUAGUAGACUCAAACUUUUUCCUGACGUCAGCGAGCCGAGCGGCUAAAAUGUCAGCUCUUGUAGCUUAGCGGUCUCGUGAGUACACGCAAGCCCACCGGAAGUGUGCCUCGACAGCGCGGUCGGAGCCCGGCCGAUGGGCAGCAGAAGCGAGCCGGGCCCGGGCCGCUUCGAGGCCGCCGAGGUGCUCGACAGCGGCUCCGAGGACGACGACUCCGCCGAAGACGACCGCUCGCCCCGGGAGCCCGUCAGCGGGAGGGACGCCGAGCCGGAGGGCGGCGGAAUGCCGGGGGCCAAGCCGGGCAAGAAGACUCGGGGCAGGGUCAAGAUCAAGAUGGCGUUCAUCGACAACAAACUGCGGAGGUACACGACGUUUAGCAAGAGGAAGACUGGCAUCAUGAAGAAGGCAUACGAGUUGUCGACGCUGACGGGCACGCAGGUCCUGCUGCUGGUGGCCAGCGAGACGGGUCACGUGUACACGUUCGCCACCCGCAAGCUGCAGCCCAUGAUCACGUCGGAGACGGGCAAGGCCCUCAUCCAGACCUGCCUCAACUCGCCCGACUCGCCGCCCCGCUCCGACCCGGCGGGCGACCAGAGGAUGAGCGCCACGGGCUUUGAGGAAACCGACCUCGGCUACCAAGUGAGCGAGGCCGCCGACGACGUCGCCAAGGAUUCCAACAAAGCCGUCUUCAGCGUGUCCAACGUGGCCGCCGCCAGCACGCCGUCCACGCAGGCGCCUUCCUGCGCCGCUGACGGGACGCCGCUCAAAACGCCGGCGGCGGGUGUGGUUUUUCCUGCUGGGUUCGCCCUGAUGUCAGGGGGCGGAGUCUCACAGGUGCUUACUACCAAUCAGAGCAGAUGUGACCUCCUUAGCCCCACCUCAUCCACAGCCACCUCGUCGUCAGGCCACGUGACGUACCCCGGGGGCCGGGCCCUCGUGUACACUCUGGCCACGCCCUCCCCGGGCGACGCCGGCCUCACCGUCCUCAACGGCCAGUCGCGCGAGCCCGCGUCCGUCCCGCAGGUGUUCCUGACGUCACUCCCCCCCGUCGCCGCGCAGAUCCCCGUCUCCGCCGUGCAGCUGCAUCAGAUGGUGCUGAGUCAGCAGAACGGAGAGGGCGGGGCCAACCUGGCGGAGCUUCAGGUCGUCAGUCUGGACGCGCAGCACGCCAAAGACGCCGUUUAGUCGGUUACGGUCAACCCCGCCCGGCGGUCCCCCGAUGGACCCCGAGCCUCCCGUGGCUUGAAAGGAUUUCUUUGGACUUUCGGUUGGGCCUGCGGCUGAAGAUCGUUUUAAGAAGACAAAUCUAUUUUUUGAUGAAUCAGUAAUAGGAUUUAAACAAAACCCCCCACUCGUUUCCAUCCCUUUGUUCCAAAACAGGACUUCCAACAUGGCGUUGAGAACAUGCACAAUCGUCUACUGAUGAUUACGAUUUAUUUUGUGCUUUGCUCAGUCGGUCGCACAAACUCAGAAAGGCUACAAAAUGUGCAAAGUAAAAAGUGGACAUUUGGGUUCAACACAAACAUGGAGUUGACGUAUUUAGAGAAGGUUCAACAAAACGAUGUUCCGAUGUCGGGGGUGGGGGGCUGGGGGCAGUCUUGUCACAUCUCCUUUGUCAUUCUUGAUUUUGUGAAUUUCGGUAACGGACACACAACUCGCGCGCUCCUUUUUGGUGGCCAACUGUCGCGACUGAACUCGAUUUGGGUUAUUAAUAUUAUGUUGGUUUUUUUUUUGUAACCUUGGCUAUUAUUAAAUGAUAUCAUCACCCAAAAGAGCAACAGCGUAAACAACUGUUUGACAAGAAAAAGCUUCCUCAAGGGGUUUGCAGUAAACAAGACAAUUUCAUCUUAUUCGCCCCUGAGAUCAUUUAUUAAUGACAUAACUAUUUAGACUGAAGUAUUGCAUUUUCAAAAAUCUUUUGGUGUUUUCUAUUUAAAAUUUAUUUUUCUAUUUUUA